AUGACAGUUGAUAAGACGGAGCUGGAUGGUAUUCUUCCCUUGUUGGCUAGGGGCAAGGUGAGGGAUAUCUACGAGGUGGACGGGCAGACGUUGCUGUUUGUUGCCACUGACCGUAUUUCCGCAUAUGAUGUAAUUAUGGGGAACACUAUACCAGAUAAGGGAGUGCUUUUAACCAGGUUGUCAGAGUUCUGGUUCAAGUUUUUGGAGGGGGAUGUGCGGAACCACCUUAAGCCGUUGGCACCUGGACAGACUAUUUAUGAUUUAUUACCCAAGGAAUUGUCGGAACCCAAGUACAAGGAGCAGUUAGAUGGUAGAGCGUUGUUGGUGCAGAAACAUAAGUUAAUCCCAUUGGAGGUGAUUGUUCGGGGCUAUAUUACUGGUUCUGCUUGGAAGGAGUACCAAAGAACGGGGAACGUUCAUGGGCAGCCGCAGCCAUUGGGGUGGCAGGAGUCUCAGGAAUUCCCUCAAGCCAUAUUCACUCCUUCAACUAAGGCUGAACAAGGGGACCACGAUGAGAAUAUUUCUCCAGAACAGGCAGCGGCUUUGAUUGGCAAAGAAUUAUGUGAUCGUGUAGCUGCUUUGGCUAUUAAUCUUUAUACUAAGUGUAGAGAGUAUGCGAAGUCCAAGGGAAUAAUCAUCGCUGAUACGAAGUUUGAAUUUGGUAUUGAUGAGAUAACGAAUGAAAUUGUACUUGUUGAUGAAGUAUUGACUCCUGACUCUUCUCGUUUCUGGAGCAGCGAACAUUAUGCUAUUGGUAGGUCACAGGAAUCUUAUGACAAGCAGUUUUUGAGAGACUGGCUAACUGCUAAUAAGCUAAAUGGUGUGGAUGGCGUCAAAAUGCCAGAAGAUAUUGUCGAAAGAACAAGAAAUAAGUAUGUGGAGGCAUAUGAGGUUUUAACAGGGAAAAAGUGGUGA